AACCGCCAUUAAACGUCAAAGAAGAAGAAGAAAAGAGACCUUAGCUGAGUCGCGCCGUUUUUUGUGUGUUUUGACCUGAAAUCAAAAAGCUGCGUUUUGUUACGGUUUUGAAUCCUUUCCUGUUGGUUUAGAAGGUAUUAUCGAGUUAUUAUUAAAAUGGGACGAAAGAAGAAGAAGCAAAUGAAGCCCUGGUGCUGGUAUUGCAACAGAGAUUUUGAUGAUGAAAAGAUUCUCAUUCAGCACCAAAAAGCCAAACAUUUCAAAUGUCAUAUAUGUCACAAGAAGCUUUACACAGGACCUGGAUUAGCCAUACAUUGCAUGCAGGUGCACAAAGAGACUAUAGACUCAGUUCCUAAUGCAAUACCAGGAAGAACAGACAUAGAACUGGAAAUCUAUGGCAUGGAGGGUAUUCCAGAUAAAGACAUGCAAGAUCGGAGAAGAGUGCUUGAACAAAAGUCACAUGAGAGUCAGAAGAAGAAGCAGAAUCAGGAUGAUUCCGAUGAGGAGGACGACGAAGAUGAAGAUGAAGCUGGACCUUCAUCAUUUCAGCAGCCUGCUGCUCAGCCUCAGGCAGCCUACAUGCCCCCAAUGCAUCCUGGACCUCAGGCCCAAGGCAUGCUACCAGCUGGUUAUCCAGGCAUGCCACCUAUGUUGACUGGUGUCCCACCAAUGAUUCCUGGGAUGCCACCAGUAAUGCCAGGCAUGCCACCUGGCAUGAUGCCAAUGGGAGGGAUGAUGCCCCCAGGUCCAGCAAUGCCUCCGAUGAUGCCUGGCAUGCCACCAGGAAUGCCACCACAUGUUGCCAGGCCUGGCAUGCCUCCAAUGGCACCUGCGGCCCCUGUCACAGCACCUGGAAUAGCCAGCAGACCAGCUGUACCUCCCACACAGUCCACUGCAUCCAAACCUCUCUUCCCCAGCGCUGUGCAGAUGGGGACUGGUGUUGCGAGCCCCAGCGCAGCCCCUGCGAGUGCAGAGACACAGUCUGCCUCCUCUAAGCCUUUGUUCCCUAGCUCUGCCCAAGCGCAGCAGACAGUAUCGGGACCAUCAUCGACCACCUCUGAUUCUCCUAAAGUGACAUUCCCAGCCUACACCCAGCCUUCCUCCACUCCCCCUGUUGCUGCCUCCUCCAGCACUGUGGCCAAACCCCCUGCCACAGUCACAAGUAAGCCAGCCACCCUCACCACCUUGAGUGCUACCAGUAAGUUGAUGCACCCUGAUGAGGAUAUCUCUCUGGAAGAGAGACGGGCUCAGCUGCCUAGGUACCAGAGGCUAAUCCCUCGGCCUGGGCAGACUGCAGCAGUUGCUGCUUCAGCUCCCCCUAGUGGAGCAGUGGGAGGAAUGAUACCUGCCCAGCGGGUUAUACCUCCUCAGCAGCCUGGCAUAAGGCAUCCCAUACAUGGGAUAAAAGAAAUUCAAAAUACAUGAGCAGCGGUAAACUGUUUUCGAACAUCCCAACGCUGAUGAAAGCAACAUUUAUAUGAAUAUGUAAAUAUGUGCUGCACGCUUUCCUCUCAGUAACUAAAUGAAGACAACAAAAGUGGAGAAAACAUCAAGAAUAUAUAUUUUUUUCAAUAUGUUUGCACAAGCUCUGCAAAUUAGCACUUCCAUGAAGUCACGUCACAUGUAUGUACAUGGCGCUUUAUUCAAUAUAUUGCUUAAAAGCAAGCAGCAGUAUUAAAAAUGAAAAACAGUAUCAGUGGCUCAUUUCAUCAAAAGCAAAACUUAAUUUGCUGCUAUAAAGCAGCUCUCCACUGCGCGGACAUCUCACCUCCAAGGACUCCACAGACGAAAUGAACCCGGAGCCUCAGAGCACACCUCCUAUGACAUAUUUGUCACAGACCAAUGGUAGUACGAAGGUGUUUUUUGGCUGGAUUUUGUUCAAAAUGACGUUACAUCAGUCAUUAAUCUGUCAUUAAUAACUUAACCCCAUGUCGUUCCAAACCCGUAAAAGCUUUGUUCGUCUUUGGAAUACAAUUUAACUUAUUUUGGAAGAAAACCGGGAGGAUUGAGACUGUCCCGUAGACUGCCAAAUAAGUAACACUGUCAAGGUCCAGGAAAGUAUGAAAAGCAUCGUCAGAAUAGUCCAUCUGCCAUCAGUGAUUCAACCGUAACGUUAUGAAGCGGCGAGAAUAAAUUUUGUAUGCGAAUAAAACAAAAUAAUGACUUUAUUCAACAAUUCGUCUCCUCUGUAUCUCUCCACAUCAGCGUAGCGCCAUUUUUAAGAAUAUGAGCUGUACGCACACCUUACACUCUUCAGGCUGACACAGAAGAGCGUUAGCUGUGCGAACAGCUAAUAUUCUUCAAAAUGGCACUAUUUAAAAUGUUAAAUUGUGUUCCGAAUACGAAAGAAGAUUUUACGGGUUUGGAACGACAUGGGGGUAAGUGAUUAAUGACAAUUUUCAUUUUGGGGUGGAGUAUCCCUUUAAGUAUAUUGGGGCCUUUAUACACAACUAAAUAAAAUUCCUUGAUUUUUUUCAUUAACAGACUUUCUAUAUUGAUCAAUUAACAGGGAAUAAUUUAGAAUAAAGAUUAAAACCCAGCAUUUAAAAGCACCUUUUUAUUUGCUUUAUGCCAUUUUUAUACCAUGCAUCAUACUUUCAUGUUGCCAUCCCAUUAAAGGGAAGGACAUUUACAAAGCAACAAUAAAUGCUUUGCAGCAAAUUAUAAACUUCUUAAAUGCACUUGAAUUGUAAAGUGAAACAUUCAGUUAAUCAAAACUUGCAUUUCAUUUUUAAAGCAAUACGCACAGAGAAGCUGUGGUUGACAGUGGUUUUAGAGCAGAUAAGGGGAACUGUUGAACUGCUGAUCUAAAAUCACUGUAAACCACAGCUUCGCUAUUAAUUGUUUUUAUAAAACUACACAUACCUAACAACAUUUCAUAAAAUAAACACAUAGAAACAAAAAAGUAAUUUGAUCAUGCUUUCGCCAAACAAUGUAGUUCUUCAGUACUGAUUAGCAGAGUGGUUACCAGGCAAUAAAUGCAUGCAGUGGCUCACUUAUACAGAGAUGUAACUGCUGUAAAUGCCAGUCAUAGUCAAGGACCUGAACUGUCUGUAUUAUAGGU